AUGGAGCUGUACCUCAGCUCCUGCUCCAAGGCUGCCAGAGUUGCCUCCACCAGGACGGCCACCAGCAGCCUGGCUGAUGACCGAGAGCAGUGCAAAGAGGGUGGGCCCAAAACCCACUUUCUAAGCAUCGGAGAGGCUGAACUAUUGGUUCUGCCUCUUGGGGUCAAGCUGCCUGUGAUCCCAGGGAGCAAUACUUUCUACUAUACUACGAAGUUAAGUGAAAAGGUAAUUUUUGUCUCUUAUGCUUUUAAUCUGACUGAUCCUUAUUGUGGCCUUUUGGGAAACCAAUAUAAAAAUCUCCAUAAUCCACAUUUAAGAGCACGCCAUUCAUGCAAUGAUACCUUGAGGAGAUAAAAGAAAGGUGGCUACUUCACCAGCAAUAAUGAAGUUGCAUGUAACUUGAUGGAAUUGAAGUACAGGUAAUAUCUUACCAGUUUAAAAUUAGAAUUUAAGAGAAACUAUGUCUGAGAACAAAAAAUGCUUGCAAAUCAAGUAAAUAGACUACAAGAAAACAAUCAACGACCUGGACAUUGUGAUGUUGCCCAUUUCCACAACUUGUUGUUAUGGGAGCACAUCCCACCUUGUAAGAACCAUGAGCAAUUAUUGAGGCACAGAUAUUUGGAUAUGAUAAGUAGGGAAUUAGAACUACGUGAGCGCAGAGCAGAAGAGCAGCGUCGACUCUGGAUGGACAGAGAAGAAAGAUGGCAGUGGGAACAAGCAAAAAGAAAACUUAGUCUUCGUAGAAAAAUUGAAGAGGAAUGGAAGACAAAAGAGAUGUUACUUCUCACAAAAAUUGUAGAAGAUGUUAAAAGAGAAGCUAGGAUAGAGGAACAGCGGCGUAGAACCCGGGAAGAGAGUGACAAGAAGAAACAAGCCCUUUUAGAGAGAAAAAUGGCUUAUCAUUUACAAAAAAUGCAACAAAAUGGCCUUAAAAGAGAAGACAUGGGAAAAAAUUUACCUGAUUACAGAGGACAAGAUGGGACAUAUUGUGACCGUAAGAAUAUUAAUAACCGCACAACAAAUGUCAAUCAUCAAUCUCCAAGUAGUUCAAAGAAUGUUGUCAAAAGUUCAGAAGCAACUCCAGUUUGUCACUCAAAUGGUACUGAACAAAAGAAAGAUGGAAUAACUAAAAAAUCAAGCAUUUGCAAUGAAAAAGGAGCUGUGUAUCCCUCAGCUCAAGAUUAUACUCUUUCUGCUCAAACAUCACCCACAAGAAAUUUUCCCAGACCUUCACAGCCUAAUUUGGGAUCUACAAAAGUUGAAGAAUAUAGUAUUUCUUUUGCCUCAAAUUCAAACAGAAUUAAUGAGAAGGAGACAAAUGCUGCUUGGAGCAGAGGACAAACCAAGAGGUCAAGCUACAUCUGUGAAUCAGGACCUCAGGCUCCAGCUGCAGCCCAGGAUGCUUUCUUAAAUACACAACAGAAUAACCUACAAAACUACUGGGAAAAAAAAGUAACUUCUGAAGAACUACAUAGUAUAAUUCAAAAUAUAAUGGCCUGGGUUGUGGCUACAGUGACCAGUAUACUAUACCCAGCCAUUACAAAGUAUGAAGAAAGGUUGCAAAAUAAUGCAUACCUAGUGUCUGAUGAUUCUGUCCUCUCUUCAGAGAGUUCAAGUUUCUGCAGCACAUGCAGCGAAGAGUUUACAUAUGGAAGCUACACAUCUGCAACAACUAAAACAUUUCAGAGAGAGCCCUGUGCUUUUGCAGUUGACGUUUCAGUAAGGCGACCACCUACACCUUCUACACCUUUAAAACCACCCUCUGCCCAUGUGGAAAGAACAGUUGUUGGAAAAACGUAUCACAUGAAAGGACAACCUAUAACAUCUGAAUGCAGAUAUAAUAAAACCUGCAGGAUAUAUGCAUACCCUGAGCUCAGAAGUUGUAAAUCUGAUAGUCAUCUGUUAGUAUCGUUUGAAAGAGGCACAAAAAAAUCUAAGGAUGCUACCACUGAGACAGAGGCCUUAGAGAAGCUACAGUCUUCUGAUCAAAAGGCAAAAGCUGAAAUAAAGAAUUUAGAGAAAAUUUUUGUUAACUUUAAAUGUCAUUUAAAAGGGGAAACUGAAUUGAUUUUAGAAAGCAUUUUUCAAGAAAUAAUGUCUGACUUAACACAGGCCAUUCCCUCCAUUUCUUCUGUUACUGCUGAAGUUUUUGUUGACCAAAGUGAGCCUGAAAAAAGAGACUUGCUCUCCAGUGUUGAUAUCAGCUCAGUAGCUUCAGAGAUUGUGGAAAAUAUGUUUGAGAAGCUACAGUCUGCCGUUGAGAAAACAUGUGUUGAGAUGUUUUCACAAGAAGAUUGGCCAGUUGAAGUGACACCAUGCUUAACACCCACUAGAGAAUAUCUCACUCCACUGAGUGGAAAGCCUUUAAAAGUUUCACUGCCUUGUACUAUGGAACCCAUGUGUGAUAUUGCAGAGGAUAUGGUGCAUGCCAUUUUAGAAAAGCUGAUCACCCUUGCAUCUUAUAAGCAAGAUGAACUUCCUUACCUCGAAUAUGCAACUAAACUUUCCUAUCAGGAAGAUAUGACAGACCCAACAUCUAUGAUCCUUAAAAAAACUGAAAAAAAGAAAUGUGCUCCUGAACAUGAUGCAGCUAAUUUAAUUGUUAAAGAAGAAAUAAAAAAUUUAAUGUCAAAUAUUGUUUCCCAGUCUCCUUUGGUUGGCUACAUAGAAGAAGCAAUCAGCACUAUAUUAGGCUACGUACAAAAUGAACUUAAAAAUGAGAGACUCAUUGCAUCUGAAGAAACAGUAGUAUUCCUCCAGCUACUUGAUGAUAUUUUCACUCAACUACAUCAGGAGCCAGUAAAAGCGGUUGCUCAAAAAAGUAGACGCUGUAGACUGAGAAAUCCUUCUGACACUGAAGAAAAGUACAGACUAACUGGCACUACAUUAUCUAGUGGUCCUGGGUCUAGAAAACCAUUACCACCUAUUAAUGUUCCUGGCAUGGUUCUUUACACUGAAGAUGAAAAUGAAGAAAUAGACAAAAUUGUUGAAAAUGUGCUCAAUUCGUCUUUGAAAGAUGAAAAGGCAAAAUCACAAGGGCAGGACCCUGAACAUUGGUUUACAAAAGGAUACACUAGUUUUGAAUACAAAAGUAGUAGCACACCACCCCCGAGGCCUGCUUCCCUAAGAGGCAAAGUUGCAUUUUCUGAUGGAUUAAAGACCAAGUUACCAUGUAUUAAUAAUAAAGAAAUGCUAAAGAAAAAAACCUGUUUCAGUAAAGAUGUGUUGACUUUCAGCCAAGAUCAAAAGCAUCAGAUACAAAAGGCUUCAUCAAAAGAAAUCAAAAGUAUUUUAACAGAAGUUCUCAAGGACAUAUCUUCUGUUCCUCCUGGUCACUCAGGCAGCAAAACUAGCAAGAAAGCUCCAGUUCCUGUUUCAGGAAAACCUCAAGGACUGUCGCUUCAAGAAUGGAUAGACCAGAUGUUCUCUGUGUCCGAAGUUAAUACAGUGGCUCAAGAGAUAACAGAUGCUGUAUUAAAUAUACUUCAUAGGGCAGCAGGCUGCAUCCCCAAUACCACCAGAAGUUUCAUUUCAUCAUCGGGUCAUCAAACUUCUCUAGGUAGUUCUGAUACCCCCGCUAUGGUCAGAGAGGCGCCAAAUAAAAAACCAUUAAAAAUAUGGUUUGACAGUGAAAAGAAAAUGAAAUAUUUAUCGUCACUCAACUUAGAUCCUGAAAACCCUUCCCUGUUAAAGUUUGAGGAAAGCGAACCUAAACCGGUAGAUGAUAUUACUGAUACCAUCAUUAACACAGUUUUUAAAAGGCUGAAGUCGCUCAUUUAUCCAAAAUUGCAAAUGGGCUUCAGACCUUCAUGUGCAGAGCAAUCUUCACUACACUCUCAAAUUUGUGCUUACGCAACCAAGGUGGUGAACAUUGUUUUGCAGGCUAUCCAGAAUGAACUGGAACUCGGUAAGAAAAACCCGAACCUGCAGGAAACAGGCCACACCAGGUCCCUUAGAGGUAAAGAACUGUUUGCUGGCACCGGUAAAUUAGAAUCUCUCGUCUCAGGUCUCAACGAUGACAUGAUGGCAUCUCCAUUACUGACCUGUAUUUGCGAAAUGUUAUCAAGCGGACAUUCAGGUAGAAGCAGUAAUCCAGCCCCUGCCGAUAAGCCGGGGCCUUCAGCUUCACAGGGAUCUGACAGUGCUGAAAAACAAAGCACUUUGCCAAGCAGGCAGGAUAAAACGUCUUUUCAACAAUAUCUAGCUGCUCCACGUGCUCUCCAUAGUGACUUCAGUGGACAAGAUCUCAAAGAGAACGCCAAAUUGCAAGUGUUAGAUAGUAUCGGGGAAACGCUGUAUGAAAUGUUAUAUAAGCUCAUGGGCGCUCCUCCUGAGGGCCAGCCGUCUUGUCGUAAGCAGAAGGGAGAGAAGAUGGGUGAGAAUCGGCCAAUGGCUACUAAACUGAAGUCUAAUAUUCAGCUCAUUUCCAAAACAAUCUUGGAAUAUAUCCUCGCCAAAUUAUGCAGUGUUGACACGGACACCAGUUUUGCAAGUUCUGGAAUUAAAGCUGUCUCGGAGUCUCUUGACAUUGAUAGCCUAUCAUUUAAGUCAAUUAUUGAGGAAGUGGCCAAAUGCACUGACAUCAUCUCCAGCAUAGUUUCCAGCAUGGUCCAGGAGAGGAAUAAAGACGUGGCUAACAGGGAGGCAAAAACGACUGCUCCUGGGUCUCCCAGAACAGGGAGCACGAAAGAAACACAUCCAAAUAAACUGAAAGCUAUGGCUUCUGAUAUUCUUAAUAUGGUUUUCGCUAAACUGGAAGGAUUUGCCAAUGGAAAUUUAGAAACUCUGGAUUCUACUAGUGACGGAAAUAAAAAAGGCAAUCAGAUGGACUUGAAGUGCGAUAGUCCCAGUGUUUCCAGAGACACAUGUGAAGAGUUGCUGCAGUCUGCUCUGUACCCACAGGCAAAGAAGGUAUCGAGUACUAUUUUGAAAGCUAUUCAGACAGAGUUAAAUAAGAACUCAUUAGAUUUAAGGACAAGUGUAAAGACCCCAUCGCCUGAGAAACAAAUUCUUACGGACAUAGUCAAUUUAAUUUUAGAUGCAGCAUCCUCAGAUGUGUUUAAUGAAACUGAACCUGAAGAAAGAGGCAUGGAAACUUACCGGUACAGGCCAACCUAUGGAAACUUUCUUCCUGGAGGAGCGGAAUCAGAUUCAUUUCUAGACGACGCUGCACCUGCAGAGAAAGAAGUCAGUGGAGAGAGAACAUUACCAGGAGGAGGCAGAGAGGCAGAUUCUCUUAAACCAUGGGUUCUAGAAAGGACCUUAAACAAAAUUCAAGUGAAACUGAAGGAACCACAGAAAUCUCCAGUCGUUCCCAUUAUAAGACAUAUUUUGAAAGAAAUUUUUCAAAGUGCUUUGGUCAAUCAAUUAAAUGUGCUUUCUCUCUCCCACUCGCAGUUAAGUGGCAUCCCUCAAAAUGUUGAUGAGCCGAUUGCUCCAACAUCUGUUCCAUUUGUAGAUAAGAUGACGGGUCCUUUAGUGUCUGAAGCAGAUGUAACCAUAGUGGUAGAUAAUGUUGUUACAACCGUAUUUCACAAACUCUAUUCAGCUGCCAUGACACAGAGAAGUGCAAGUCAAAAUAGGUAUAAAACCAUCACCCUUUCAGCAAAUGUUUCUUUUCAUGUACCAGCCUAUGGAGAAAAGUCCUCUGUUACUGUGCUGGACAAGAAUCCAUGUACUGUUCAGUCCAGAUUCAGUGCUGACAAACAGGCCAAAAUAAAUGUAGCUGAAGAUAUUGUACAGGAAAUAUUAACAAAUCUAGAAACUUUUGCUACUUACAAAGUAAAAUCUCUCUUUUGUCCCCAAAUCAAGUUCACAGUUCCAAUGCCUUUACCUGUUCAGCAGGAUAAGAGUAUAUUAAGCAAAGCAUUAUCAGCCAAAGGUUUAUAUUCUGAUGAUCCAUUUUCUAGCUUCUCAGUGAAUCAUAUUAUGUCAGAAAAGACCAACUCAUGCCAACUCUCUUUAAAUAAAUUAAAUACACAUGCAACAGAAGUAGCCAGAAAAAUUUUACAAGGAAUCAAAUAUGAGUUAGAAAAAGAAAGGGAAAGUCCUUUCUUAACUCAAAACAUUGUGGUUUCUGAAGCUAUUGCAAGUCAAGUUGUUAAUACAGUGUUAGAUAUUGUAUCAUCUAAAAGCAAAUGUGACAAAAAUGAUUCUGACAAAGAGUUUAAUUCAGGUGAGCAAGAAGGCAUUAUUGAAAAGAUGUUUAAUAAGACUGAAUAUCGAAAAGAACUUCAGUUUCAAAUACACGAUAUCAUUGAAGGCAUCUUAUGUGAUAUUUAUGAAAAAACACUGCAUCAAAAUAAUCUCUCAUGUACCAUGCCCACUCUGAAAUAUAGCAGAGCUGGUAAACAUUUUGGAGCAAAUGCUGAAAUGUACAUUGAGGGUGCAAAUAGGGUUAUUCCAAAACUUUCAGUUCCUAAAUCAGAUGUCAUUUUGAUAUCCAAUGAUAUAGUGGAUAUUGUCCUUCAUAAUCUCAGUUCUACUGUCAUGCUUGGCAUAAAAGCAGAGGAUCCUACUUCUGCAAGAUUGCCCCUUACCUUUUGUGAUAUGUUUCCACAAGCAGAGUGCCAACUGCCUCCUCUCAUGGGGUCAAAAAGUGAAAGAAAAACAGAGUGGUUUUCUUCCUCAAGAAAUAUUAAAUCAGCUUAUGCUGUUGAUAGGCAGAUAACUGUAGUAGAGAAAGAAGACACCAAGAAGUCUUCUCCUGACCCAUGUGAGGAAAAUGCUCACUUCAUCACCAAAACUAUUUUUAAUCAGCUAGAAUCUUUUGCCACAAAAAGAAUAGAUUCGUUAAUUACUCUUGCUUUCCAGCCUAAAGAAAAGUCACUUGUUGACCCGGAUCUGGAAAACUGCAAACAGGAGGACAGCAUUCUUCAUGAAUCAAGCCAAACAGAAUCAAAUGUCAAUGUCCUGAAAUUAUCAACUGAAACUAUUGUCAGCCAGGAACUCACAGAUUCCACUUUUGCUAGUUACAGACAAAACCUUGGAUCCACAAUUCAUUUAUCACAGGCUAGUCUUAAGGAAUAUGCUGAUGACAUUGCCAGUGUCAUUUUGAAGCUUAUUAAAAGUGACUUAGACCUAGAAAUCCAAAAGGCAUGCCUAUAUUCAAAUAAUAUUUCAUUCCAAGAAAACAUCAUUGUGAGUGAAAUUGUCAACAAUACCUUAAAGAUUUUAAAUGACAAAAGAUCUGUAAAGGAAAUUAGUUUUUACUCAAAAGAUAAUCCCAACAUAUUUUCACAAUUAGCUAUACCAAAUGAAAUACUGUUAGGACAAAGAGAGCAGGAAAAAACCACCGAGUUAUCUCUGUUUUCACAGUAUCCAUUAGAACAAAACCAGACGCCAUUGGAAAAGGAAAGCCAGAGAAUUGUUUUGGAAGAAAUAUUUAUGAGAAACGGAAAAUCAAAAGAAAAAGAAAAAACUGCCUUGCUCGGUCCAGUGAAAGAAGUUUUAAAUAAAGUGUAUCAACAAAUAAUAAAAAUCAAAGGCCAUUUGCCUCCAUUUAAUGAAAUUUCCUACUUUGUAUCUAAUUCUAAAAUUAAAACAUCAGACAUAACACAAGAAAACUUUUUUCAAUCACAUAUUGACAGUGUAGCAAAUGACAUAGUGGAAAUUGUUUUGGGGGAGAUGUACGCUGUGGUUGUGACACUGUUAUACGAAAGUAACAAAAAAGAAGCUUGUGACAACAGUGACACCUUACCCAAGAAACCAUCAUGGGCCAGAGAAACUAAAGCUGGAAAAGGAAUUAAUUCCACUAGAUGUGUGAUACCACAGGUUUAUCCUUACCCAGGCAAUCAAAACCUCUCUCUAUUAGAAAACAGCUUUCUGCAAUAUUCACCACUACAAGUGGGGAAGGAUUUAGUCCAAAUGGUUCUCAACAAGAUCACAAAUUUUGCUUCAUUUCACCUAGAAGAGGCUUCAUCUCCUGAAGGAUGUUUUAAAACAAGUUUAAAAACAAAACCAAAAGCUACUUCUUUGCCCAAAUUUAAAACAAAACCGCACCUAGGACCUAGUGGUGCUAAGUCCAGAAGCAAGACCAAGUUAAGUCCUGGAGAGAAGACUUCAAAAGACAGCCAGUCCAAGACUGCCAUUGGGCUGCCGCACAUCCUGACAACAGGAGAUGCCAAAAGUUUACCAGGAACGAAACUGCCUACUUCAGACCUGAAAAUGUACGCCAAGCAUAUAAUAAGUAAUAUCCUGGAAGCAACUGUGAAAGAAUUUGAAAAGGUGAAGCAGAUGAGAGCAACGGUCAAUGGGAACACUUUACCAUUUGAUCAAAUCAUGGCAGCGAAUAAAAUAGUUAAUACAGUUUUACAAGGAUUAUAUGCUAUAAAUAACUACGAUUUGGCUCAUCCGAUCGAAUUCUCACACCUGGAUAAUCUCAAACAUUCACAGGGGAAUAUAGGUACAGAGUGUCUUGCCAAAACACAAGCCUGUUUUUACUUGGAAAAUGUUUCCUCACAGCUAGAACAGAUUUUCCCUAAAGACAGCAUAUUUAAAAAAAUGUUUGACAAAUGGCAGGCAGAGUCAAAUGACAUGGAAAGUGAAAAAUGUAACUUAUUGAUGAUAGCCGAAAAUGUUUUGACUGUAAUUUCAAUAAAAUCAAAGGAAUUAGGAUAUUCUCUUUCACUUUUAAAUUUGCCACAUCUUGAGGAUUGUGAAAGUAGGUUCCAUAAAGGUUUUAGAGAAGCUUCUACUAGAGCUGAAGAUACCAAAGCACAAAUCAAUAUGUUUGGAAGGGAAAUCGUUGAAAUGCUAUUUGAAAAAUUACAGCUGUGUUUUUUGUCCCAGAUGCCCACCCCAGAUAGUAAAGAAACUCUAGCAAGUAGAAUAGAAUACACUACUAAAAGUAAAUACAGUUUUCCAACCAAGGACAUCCUCAGCACUGUACCAAUCUAUUACAUGAACACAAAAGACCAACUUUCUUUGGGUUCUACCAAGCAAAUUGUUCUAGAAAUUGUAGAAAGGGUUUUAAACAUGUUAGAGUCAUUUGUAGACUUACAGUUUAAACGUGUCUCUAAACAUGAAUUUUCUGAAAUAGUGAAAAUGCCUAUAGAAAACUUUUUUCCUCUGCAGCAGAGAGUAUUAAGCAAAAAGAUGUUACCAGAAUUACAAUCCCUGAAAAAGUUGGCCGAUGAAUCCAAGUCAAGUGCUGUUAUUUCCAAGGAAAAUGUCCAGAAUAUUUUUCUGCAGGUUCACUCAUUCCAUUCAGAAUUACUUACAUAUGCUGUUAAUAUCAUCAGUGACAUGCUUGGAAUCAUUAAGAACAAGCUAGACAAAGAAAUAAGCCAAGUAGAGCCAUCAAACAGCAUAUUGAAUGAGAACAUGGUAGCAAGCGAGAUCAUUGGCACACUGAUAGACCAAUGCACUCAUUUCAAUGAGUCUCUGAUCCAAACCCUUCCAAUGGAAAGUUUGUUCCCAGAAGUGGAAAAUACCUACAUUGUUAAUCAGGUUGAAUUGGCAACAAAUAUAAAAAUUCCCAAGCCAAAGUUAAAGGGAGUUCGUUUUGGGAAUACUCCAGAGAUUAGUGUUCCUGGUUCCGUGUUUUAUCCUGAAGAAGAUAUGGAAAAUAAUUACAAGUCUUCAUCAAAUGUUUCUGCAUAUACCAGAGCCUCUGUGGAAGACCCAAUUAAAAGCUCAGAGCCAGUGGAAAGGCCUGAUUCAGUAAAUAUGCCAACAUCCUCUGGAAACAAGUUACCAGACUACGGUACAAGGGAAGGGCUAUUUGAUCAAGCCAUACAAGGGAAGAGCGUCCUUCCUGAAGGCAGUGUCUUACAAAAAAUGUUUAAAAGGGUGAAUGAAUCCACAGAAGAAUCAUUAAAGCAAAGUCUGUCAUUCAUAGAAAUGGGAAAAGGUAAAAAUCCAAAAGUGUUUCAUUAUGGGACCCUCAAAGCAGCUGGUGGGCCUAACCAAACUCAGACAACUGCUUCUCCACUCAAAAUAUGUUUAGCGGCAGAAAAUAUUGUCAAUACUGUGUUGUCCAGCUAUGGUUUUCCCAGUCAACCUCUGAUUAAUGAAAGCAUGGAAACAAUGAAGCCAUUUUUCAUAUCAAAGCAAAACCCUAGAGGACAGAAGGAGAAGAAAACUUUGCUUGGAAUGUGGGAUGAAAGAAUCAGCUAUCUACCUGGAGACGGAAACACAAACUCUGAAGCCAGCAGGGGAGAUUUUUCUUUAUUGCAAAAAUGGGAAAAUAAGAGGUACCCAAAGAUAAAGGCUCUGAAGGAAUUUGAAGUCAUUACUUUUGCCGAUCACGAACUGGGUCCAAAUGAAAUUAAUUUGGUAGCAAGACAUGUAACCACAUGUGUGGUCACAUAUUUCCAGAACUUCAAAGCUAGAGUGUUCAGUGAGAAGAUGUCUAUUGUUUCGACCCUGUCAAAGAAAACCUAUGAAUCAGAACAGCGCCUAAGAAGCAUCUACAACGAUUCUUCACUUUAUCAACUUUGUGAACAUCUCACUGAGUGUGUCAUAUGUCAUUUAAUUUUAAGCAUUUCUGACAGCACCCAAGACGGUAGAGAAAGAGAGAAAGCACAGGAAAGCCAGAAUUCAGGCUUUAACAAGAUUAUUUCAAUUGAAUCUCAAGUGUUUGAAAACAGGUCACUUUCUAUUGGAGAACUUGCUUUAAGUAUUUCUGAAAUCAUUAUUAAAAUCCUUUUUAACAGUAACAUUAUAGAGGCUGCCACUCUACAGCAGAUGUUUUCUUUAAAAACAAAGUACAUUUACUGCCCAGAAGUAGCUGCUGCUGACUUUAAUGAUCUCUUUCAGGAUCUCUUAAUAGGAGUGAUUCAUGUACUGUCCAAAGAAAUAGGAAUAACUCAUCACAUUGAAAGCAGUGGAAGAAAUAAGUCAUUUUCCAUGAUUAGAGGCAAUAGUGUGCCCAUUUGCAACAAAACAAAUACCAUGAAAAGACAGACAGGCCGCAGAAACUGGGAAUCAUCUACUCACCAAAAUGAACAUCUCAUUCAAAAAAAUAAAUUAAAUUAUCUGGCAUCUAAGUUAAAGAGUCUAGUUAGCAGUCUAAAAACUCGUGAAUCCAAAGAAGUAGUUGAUAAAGUCUUUAAUAUUGUUUUAGAUUUAUUUUUACCCGAUGAACACCUAGGUGAGGUUAUGGAUUCUGAUAAAAAAGCAAGAAAACCUUUAUCAUCUUCGAAUGAUCAGCAAAGUAAUAGCCUACUUGUAAAUAACUUGGGGCUCACCCCCAAAUCAGUUCUUCUUCUCAAUAUCGUGUGUGAAAAGCUUAUUAGGACACUUCUGGAAAAAUGCACAAGCAAUGUCUUUCUCGAUAACGGCCCUCUUUCUGAUGAAAUAUCAGCAGAAGAAUGUCAACUUUUAAAAAUACUUCAAAGUGUAGAAGAUAAAGAAUUUGGUUAUUGUAAGGGAGUGACGGACUGUGAACAAUUUCAAGGAGAUUAUAUGUCAGACCUUUUGGAAAAUCUAGCAGAAAUGGACCAAGAUUUCUUGUCUUCAGACUCUAUGCUUACUAUUAUUUCCCACAGCUUGGUUAAAUCAUUGAUGGACAAACUAUGUCAGAGUACGCAACUCCUCCAAAGUCCACCUACUGCAAGCAAGCAUAGAACAAGAGAAAUACAGCCUAGUUUUAUAAAAGCAAAAAGGCAAGAAUUAGCAGAAUUAGGACAUGCUAAAGGUUCUGUGGGAUUCACGAGCUAUGAUGGCCAUGCUUUGACAGGAUCCCUGAAUAAUCCCAGUGUGGUUAGCUCCAAAAUACAAGCACCAUUUGGCAAGAAGUAUUCAGUAUAUCCCUCUUCUGUGUCACCUCUUAAACGACAGGAAACGAAGGCUAUGGGUACACUAGCCAUCCAUAAUAAGCUCUAUCUGGGAAAUAGGAAUACAGGGGUUUAUUCGGCCACAUUCUUGGAGGAAAUAAUUUCAGAACUGUUUUUUAAUCUCUCUAUUUCACUGUGGGGUGAAAAUGAAAACAUUACUGAGGCCUGGCUUACUAAGAUGAAUACAUUAUUAGUCAACAAUGUAGUGAAUGAGUUUAAAAAAGCACAUGUCACUGUUUUACGGAAUGCUGAAGAAAGUCUGUGUUUUCCACCAGUCCAAAAAGAAACUGUUAGUAGGAUUGUUGACUCAGUUUAUUAUGAUGUUUUACAGAAAUACAAAUUGAAAGUGACCUGUGGUGGUAAUCUGGCAUGUGACAAUACCUCAAUAGCAGCACAAAUAACUAACGGCAUUUUAUUAGAGAUUUUAGACUACCGACUCCCAUGUUGCUUCAGGGAGAGGCUCAUGCCUAAUUCAUAUUGCCCUCUCAAAGCUGAACUUAUUCUACAGAAACUACAAAAUAACCUGAGAAAGUUUGCUUCCAAAUCCAGGUCUUUGACAGGCUAUAGCACCAGACUGCCACACUCAUUUUUAGAAGAUAUCAUCAGAAGAGUUUUAUCUCAACUCAUUGCUCCACCUAAUAAGUCUUCCUCUUUGGGAAAAAACUAUGUCAUGAGUGCAGAUUUUAAUGAAAUGUCUAACUGUAUAACAAAUAAGGUCAUAUCAGCCAUUUCAAAACAUAAAAUUUGGUUCACUAUAUGUGAUAAUCAACAUCUAUGUGCAGGAAAAAACCUCCAGAAGAUGGUGGAUUCUGUUUACAGUAAUAUUAUGCAAACAUCUGACUCUCUUGUUUCCAUACAGAAAGGUAUAGUGAGCCGAAGCCCAAUUAUGGUUGACCGAAUAGCCAGUUUUAUUAUCCAAGAGAUUAUUGAAAAUCAUCUUCAACCAUUUUUGUGUGAAGCAGGUCUGCCUCGUCCAAGCACUCCCCUGGAUGCAAUAUCAAUCAUGGUUAAACAGGUGCUCAAUGAAGUCACAGACUCCCAUAGACCCAAGAUGCCAUUACCCUUAGGUAUUUACCCUGAUAUAUUCAUAGGGGAAAUUGUUGCCAGACUUUUAUCAAAGAUUUUCAGUUCAAAGCAUAACACUGAAAUUGAGCUGGAAAACAUGACACAAAAAAUAGUAAAGUCAAUAAGUAACCAUUUUGACAAAGCUAAAAUUCACAUGCUAUGUGACAGCAAAGAGGAGUCUCGCCCCUCUGUCGAUACGGACAUUGUGGAUGAACUGGUCACCUCGGUUUAUAGCAGUGUUUUAAAACAGCAUGGGCUAGACCCUGAGGUUGGUAAAGAGUCUGAAGACAGUGAGAUUUUUGUGGAAAAUAUUACCAAUUUAAUUGUAGCAGCUAUUUCAGAUUACCUUCUUCAUCCACUGUUUUCUGGGGAUUUGUCAUCUUCCAGUUCUAUUUCCACGGCUGAGAAUAUUGUUCAGGACAUUAUGAGUAACAUCGGUAAAUCUACCAAGCCAAGUCAGAGUUUAUCUCCAUACAACACCUUGCUGCCAUACACAUUUUUAGAAGACAUGAUCAGAGUACUUUUAUCUAGGAUCUUUUCUUCUGCAUCCAACACUGUUCCAAACACAGAAACUCUAAAAGAUAGGUCAAGAGUGAAUUUCAAUGAAAUUGCUUCAAAUAUAAUCAGUGAUAUUAGAAUGAAAAUUUCUCAACAUGAAAUUCAAUUUUCAAAAGAUGAAGAAGAAACCAAGUUUGUUUAUUCAGAAGAUGAUGCUCAGCAUCUUGUCGACUCAGUAUUCAAGAAUAUUUUACAAAACUCUGAGUCUCAAGAAUCAGUUGAGCAAAAUAUCACAAGCAGCGAUGAUGCUCUUAUUGAUAGAAUAGCAGGUUUUAUCAUUAAACAUAUUUGUCAACAACAUCUUCUGCCAUUUUUGAAUCGAAAGGCAUUGCCUUCAUCAUCAGACACACAUCUUGACAAUGAGAGAAGGCAGUGGUUUCAUACCAGUGUUUAUUCUUCAACUUUUUUGGAAGAUGUGAUCUCUGGAGUUUUAAGCAAAAUAUUCCACAGGGCGUUAGGCAUUGUACAAACAAAAUCAGUAAGAGAUUCAGAAGGUAAACUUUUGGAUAAAGCUGAAAACCUCAUACGCUUGAUAGCAGAGGAAUUCGCAAAAGCCCAAGUUAGUAUUCUAGAGAAUGCCGAGGAACGACUGUGUUUGCCUCCAGUGGGGAGAGAUGCAGUCAAAAACAUUAUUGACAUGGUGUUCAGCAAUGUUUUGCAAGAAUGUGAAAUGGACAUAACGCCUAACAAUGAUUUUCUAAAUGAUACAAAGACAUUGGCAGUGAGGAUAACUGAAAUCAUCCUGGCCGAAAUUUACGAUUUCCAAAUUCAUCCAAAUAUUAUAGGAAAGCUUUCUUUUAAGCCACAAGGCAAACUAAAUGUUAAUGUUUUGACAGAGAGAGUUCAAUGUUACAUUACUAAAUCAAGGUUCCAAAGACAGGCAUCAACAAUGUAUACUACCAUGUUAUCACACACACACUUGGAAAAAAUAGUCACUCAACUUCUCUCUCAGGUGAGUCCAUUGGCCUUCGGUACAGAAUGCACGGAUUCUUCCCAAUCAAACUUAAGUAAUACCAUCAUAAAGCUUAUAAAUGAAAUUAUGUUAAUAAUUUCAAAGCAUGCAAUAUGUAUUACUAAACAUGGCAAUGAAAAACAAAGUAUGAUUUCAGAAAAAAAUAUCAAGUCUAUGGUUGAUUCCAUUUGUGCCAAUCUUUCAUAUUCAGAUCUAUACCAGUCUCUUACAAAAGAUAAAAAAGGGAUAAGUAAUAUACCUGCUUCAAAAAUAGCAAGUUUUAUAAUAAAAGAAAUAUUUAACCAUCAUCUGCAGUCAUUUUUAUCUGGAGAUAAAACUUCCCUUUCAGCUACAGUAGAUCAAAAUGAUAAAGAGAAAGCAGAAGAUCCUAAACAAAGAGAGUUGUCUUUCAUUGUGAACUCAGCUGUCUUUUUGGAGGAAGUAAUUGCUGAGCUUUUAUGUAAACUCCUUUACGCAUUCUCCCAUAAUGUCUUGGCUGCUGAAAAGCCAGAUAGAGUAAAAGUCAAAAUUACUGGCAUUGUGACAGCAUUGGUCAGGUCAAUUGUUCUGGAGUUCGCCGCAUCAGAGAUUUUAGUUGCAGAUUCUUUCAAUAAUGACAUGUGUUCUUCAGAAAAAUAUAAAGAAAUGGUUCAAACAACAGUGAACCUAGUUUAUGAAAAAAUAUUGGGUGAAUAUAAAUCUCUGAUUCAAGUAUAUAUGGCUAUACAAAGCGACCCUACUCAUUUUGGAAGGAAAAUAUAUCAUUUGCUCUUGGAGGAAAUUUAUGAUCAUCAGGUGCAGUCGCUAGUGUCAGGAGGACUGGCAGCCUCCUCCUACGCUUCCCUUCAGGCUGACAGCAUCAUCAGGAGCGUGCUGAGCGUCAUCGGGAAGGGGCGCCACGGCCCCCCACCCUGUGUCACUGUGCUGCCCUGCUCCCUCUUACAAGACAUCAUUUCCAAGCUCAUAGCGCAUAUGUCCCCUUCGGCCUCCCCUGAAAGGGAGCGAAAAGCGGAGGGCGUUUCGCCAGAUGAGCAGUUCGGGGCUGCGGCCUCAAAGCUGACUGAUGAAAUUCUCACAGAGAUUUCUGAACACGAGAUCCGUCUUGCCACGGCAGAAGAGAACGCAGAGAGUGCACAGUUAGAAGCGAUCGAGAAUUUGGUUGACUCUAUAUGUAAUAAUAUCUUGAAAAAAUCUGAAUUUCAAGCGGAAGUGAAAAAAGAGGCAGGCAAAAAAGGAGGCUCGUUCCUCAACAAAGUAGCUGGUUUCAUCAUGAAGGAAAUCAUGGAUCAUCACCUGAAGCCAUUUUUACAUCGCCAAGGACCCUCUUCUGGUCAUUCCGACCAUGUCUCUGUACUUACUAAACCCAUUAAAGAAAAGACUCAGACUUCUCUGUAUUCCGCUAGAUUUUUAGAAGAUGUAAUUGUUGACCUUGUCCGCAAAUUUUAUUCUCUCCUAAGUAUUGCUGAAGAUUCUAAGAAAAAAGAAAUGCCAGAGACAGACGUUGUGAGGUUGGCUCUAAAAUUUGCCAACUCUCUGGUGGGAGAAUUUAGGAAAAGUGACAUUAAAGUUCUACCAAAUGCUGAAGAAGUGUUCGCUUUUCCACCAAUUGAUAAAGAGACAGUUGAUAAGAUAUCCAACUUUGUGUACGAUCAGUUCAUAGGAAAGUAUGACUCCACUGAAAUUCAGAAGGAUGAGAAAAGUAGCAGUCUAAUAGAAACAAUCGCUGCUUUAGCACAGAAGGCAAUCUCUGCUUUCAGGAUCCAACCCCUUUUUUCAGGAGACUGGUCUUCUGCCUUCUUUUCAUUUCUAAAUCCAGACAACGUCACCCAAAGGGUUCAGCACCUACCACAGAAAACCCCUGCACAGAUUAACACGUGCUUAAAAGGACACCAACCUACUUUUCCAGAACAAUCGUAUAAACACACUUCUCCAACCUCAGACCAGAAAAAUGUGCUGGACACUUUGGAAAUAGACAGAGGUGAAGCGAGUAGAAAGAAAAGUUUCCAAAGUGAGGCGACAUCAAUUAAAAAAGGCGAUACGCAAGAUCAGAAAGUUACCUCUAUAAUGAGGACCAUGAAAUACGGCAUGGUUAACCUGCUAGCAGGGUCCGCUGCAGGUGUGGCAAAUAAAAAGAGAGAGAAUGAAAAUAAAAUCGCAAUUUCAAUUAAAGAAUGUACUGAGAAUGUGCCAAAAGUUACCUCUCCGGCCACUGGUGUGAAAAGUACAGACACUCAGACGUCGGAUGUGAAGGUAACGCUUAAAAAUGACGAAGCUGAGAUGAAGCACAAAUCAGCUUCACAAGAUAAAGAGAGGCGAGGCAGUGGGGCACAAGCACAAAUCCCAGUAGCUCCUGAUGAUACAGAGUGUAAGGAGGAAACAGUCGAACCAGAUUCUGAAAUAAAUGAUGAAAAGAAGACUGGCAAAACAGGAGGAAAGUUAUUUAAAAAAGAAGGCGAGCCCUUUCAGUUAUCUAUGACACCCAAAGCGAGAAAUGCAGGGACCACAGUGGAGAAAACAGUGACACUAAAGCCAAGCACCGAGGAAAGAAAAGACAUUCCACCUCUCGUAGAUGUAAAUGAGAAACAAUACUCAAAUUAUGAGUAUGUUCAAAAUAUCAUUGAAAAUAUUUAUGAAAAUAUCUUACCAACAAGUGCUUCUCCGGUAUCAGGAGAUAAUUCAAAUAUCCAACAUCCCCCAAGUGAUACGGUUCAUGUAACUCAAGAGGUUAGCAAGGAUUUUGCACCAUCUGGUUCAGUAAAGGAUUUAUCCCGCUCAAUUAAUGAAAAUCUCCCUGACAAAGAGAAGGAGGAAAAAAAAGAGAGCGCGAGAGAAAAAGAGAAAAAACAAGAGAGAGAAAAAGAGAAAGUGGAAGUGAAGGAGAUUAAAAAGGAACCCAGUGAACCAGACAGUCCUCAGUUCACACCAGAACAUAAACCUGGAAUUUUUCCAGCUAAAUUUUUGGAAGAUGUUAUCAUCGAAAUGGUUAAGAUAUUGAUCUUUUCUACCUCACCAGAAACACAAAGACAUGAUAAAUGUCAAAAUGCAAGCGACGGUCAAAAUCAAGCUGAACUCUAUGACACAGCUAUGAAGCUGAUUGAUUCGUUGUUAAAGGAGUUUUCCGAAGCUCAAAUUAAGGUAUUUAGGCCAGAUAAAGAAAAUCAGUUUUUUCCACCUGUAGAUAAAGUGUCAUCAGUUCCUAAAGGACCUCUUGAGCAUAAAGAAUCAACUACAGGUGAGGCAUCAUUUGACAUUAAGAAAAUAACAGUGGAUAAAAUGCCACAUAUGCACGAAGUGACUAAAAACUUCCCUCUAAAUAAGAUGUCUCUCUUGGAGAGACUACCAGCAAUCAAUACAACAUUGGUUAGCAAAGUUGUUCAUUCCUCCGUGUGCAAUAUUUUGAAGGAUUAUAGAUCUCAAGACUCCAUCUGUAAGAAUAUAAAGAGCAAUGGGGAAGAUUUAGCAAGAAGACUGACGAGUGCAGUGAUAAAUGAAACUUUUCAACAUCACCUUAACUUGGCCCUUUCUGAUGUGGUUCCAGCUUCAGCAUGUUUGCCUCUGGAAUCUAAGGAUGUUGUUAAAAAGAUCCAAAAGGUGGCUCGAACAGCCAGCAAAGAAUGCCAGACAUCAUCGCCAUAUACCAUCAUGCUGCCUCAUGAAUUUUUAGACAAUGUGAUUUCUGCUCUUCUAUCUAAAAUUUUCUCAAUAGUAUCCAAAACCAAAGCAGAAACAUCGGAGGGCAACUGGCUCACAGAACUAGACCUCCUCCAAAUGAAGUUAUUAAGUACAGUCACAACAGAGAUUUCCAAAGACAAAGACAUGAUUAUUCAGCAUGUGGAAUCCUUACAUCCCAAUGAUGAUGAAAUUAUUCAAUUAGUGGUCCAUUCUAUUUAUAACAAUCUCUUGUCACAGUUUGGAUCACAAGAGAUUAUACAAAACUGUGUAGCCAGUGGGUGCAGAAUCCUCUCAGAAACCAUAGUUGAUUUAGUUCUGCGGGAAGUGGCUGGUAAUCAGCUGCAGAACUAUUUUUCUGGAGAGCUAACUCCAAGUCAGUGUGCAGAAGUUGACAGCAUUAUUGAAAAUAUUCUUAAAGAUGUUAUCCACACGACCGAUGCUCUCCAGCCUCAGCCAUCACAUGCUCACAGGCUGCAUUAUAACAUAAUAGAAGAAGUUGCUGUCAAAUUUUUAUCAAAGCUCUUAUCUGUGUUUCCCAAAGUAGAUAAGGAAAGGAACAAAUCUCUAGAAAAUGAAAUGAAAAACAUCAUCUCAAAAAUAUUAAAUUCAAUACAAGAAUUUAUCUCAAAAAGUAAGAUUAAGCUUAUACCACCAGCCAAGGAAGUAUCUACUGUACCUUUAGCUGACAAGAAAACUAUUGAAAAAGUAGUCAAUUCCGUUUAUACCAGGGUUUUAAACCACUCUGGCUCACAUACCUCUAUAUUCAAAGAUUUAAUGGGAAAGAGCAAUGUCCUCUCUGAUAUAAUAGGAUUUUUAAUGGUAAAGGAAAUUUCCAAUUCUGAAUUCCAACCUCAAGUAAAGGAAGACGUAUCAAGCUCAGAAUUAGCUCUGGAAGCUGUCAAAAUUAUGGAAAAAGUGGUCAAAAUUGUUGAUGAAUUUAAGUCCCAGGAAAAGUCUUCAUCCAGAAAAGAUUCUAUGUUAGAAGCCAAAUUUUUAGAGGAAGCAUUGGCCUUGUUCUUGGCCAAAAUAGUAAGGUUGCCAAGUGCCUCAAGCAAGGAUGCCAAAAACAUAUCAAAGCCCGAGUUACAUAAAAUUGCAUCUCAACUGACAAAAUCUGUGACAGCCGAAAUUUCCAAAAGUAACAUUAGUCUUGUUGCUGCUGAACCUGAAAAAGAGCUUUUAAAUCCAGAAAGUAUAGAAAUUAUUUCCCAAGUUAUUGACUCUAUUUAUAGUAAUGUGCUGCUACAAUCUGGAACCCACAAAGACCUUUACCAUGAUAUAAAAGGUAAAAACAGAGUCUUCCCCAAAAAAGUGGCUAGUUUAAUCAUUAAUGGAGUUUCAAACAUUCCAAUAGAUACAGAGAAGUCAAAGGAUCCAAAUGCCGAUCUCUUUGGAGAUCUAGACGUUAAUAGGAUUGUUCAAAAGGCACAAGAACACGCUUUUAAAAGGAUCCCUGACAGACAGAAAGGAGAGUCAGGUCAAGAUUCAAGUAAAGAGGAAAUGCCUAUUAAAAUAGUCCCACAUAUCGGGAAUAAACCAAUCAAAAUAGAUCCAGACAUUGUUGCAGAACACUUAGCAGUAAUUUCUGUAAAAACUGAACCUCUUGAGAAACUUCAGAUGGAGUGUUUGAAAAACACCGGGCACAGCAUCGCAGAACUGAGAAGAGCAUCAAUAAUUGGGAGAAGUGGCUCAUCGCCAGAAGCAUCCAAUGCGGAAAACGUAAAGAAAGAAAGACGUACCUCAUUGAAUAGGACAGGACGGCUGGAUAUAAAACCCUUAGAGGCUGUUUGCAGAAAUUCGUUUCAAAAUCUAAGAAAGCCUGAUAUCACCAAGGUGGAGCUUUUAAAAGAUGUCCAGAACAAACAAGAUCUUCUCAUCCGAUUAGUAGCUCAUGAUAUUGAAAAUAAUUUAGAAAAUAACAGGGAAGAAGAACAAAUAUCUGGCUAUUAUGAAAUUGUCCUAAGAGAGGACAUACAAGAGGACUACUUAGAAGAACAACUUGAAGAUCAAGCGAAAGAAGCCACAAAGGCAAAUAUUGAAAGCACUAAAGCAACUUCAAAUCAUAUACUAGAACCUAAGGAGAGAGAAGUUAAACAUCCUGUUGCUGAGCUUAGCAUGUCCACCUACUCGACAAUCCUGGCUGUAACAGACUCCUUUGGAGAAAAAGAGCCACAGGAUAAGAAAGAAGAAAGAAAUAUUACUGAACCAACACAUCACCUCAUACACAGAAUUAUGAGCGCAUCUUCAUACAACCAAGAAGAUCUGAUUCUAUCUGGCAGUGAGACCCAAGAUUGUACCCCAGGCACACAUGCUAAAGUAUUAGAAGAAACUCCCAGGGGCAGUACUUCCAAACAAGGAUCUAAAAUGCUGGCAAAGGUAACUUCAGCUCUGUCAAAGGUGUUUUCUCGAAGUAACAGCAGUACUACCAAAUCUUCGUUACCACCUCACCAGGAAGAACGGUGA